AAGGACAAGAAAAAAGCAAACUUGAAAAUAAAAUAAGAAACUUUAAUUUUGUUUGCCAUAUUUCAUAAAAGCAUUCUAACUCAGGCAGCUGUAUUUACUUAAGAAGCAAUAUUAAGCUUGAGAUAAGGUUCCAUACGUCAACCAUUAAUCCUAAAGAAAAUGACUACGACCAAUCGUAACAUUGGAACUCGACCUGCAAGAUCUAAAAUUAUGAUUGCUACGUGCUCGUUCUUAUAAAGAAAGACGUAGCUUCAAGGUUCUUAGGACGCACAGCUCAAAACUCUACCUUCUUUAGGGUACAAUUCGCCACAAGGGCUCGUUUUCCCCUGAAAAAUAUUCUUCAGUCUAGGAGCAUCAGCGCUUAAGACUUUGAUUUCUUCGAAGACGUAUUUUGAUCAUCAACAUGGAUGGAAACAAUCAAACUUUACCUGUUAAUGCAACCAACACUUCAAUUCUUGAAGGACAAAAUGAGGCUCCUACUGGGAUCUGGUUUUGGUUCAUAAUGGGCACGAUUGGUGUCGUCGCUUUCUUCGGCAACACUCUGGUCAUUUUGUUAAUCGCAACUCGUCGAAGACUUCAAACAACUUGUAACAGCUUCAUUUUGUCUCUUUCAUUCUCUGACUUGUUGACUGCCAUCACGACAAUUCCAGGAUCUUUUGUUUGCGAUUUCGGAGUCCAAUGCUCGCCAAUUUUCUAUACCAUGUGUAGUUUCUUCAUUUGUGCUUCGGUAGGGAAUGUUUGCACCAUGACAGGAGACCGAUUCUGCCGAGUCGUGUAUCCGUUACGAUAUCCUGUGCUAAUGUCUCCAAAACGAGUCGUUGUAACUAUCGGGAUAGGAUGGACUUUGCCCAUCUUUCUGCAACUCAUACCAGAACUUUAUAUUUUUUUGAGCCCAACCAUGCUCAAGUCCAACCAAAAUGCUCAAAGCAUUUUCAAUGUUAUACAAAUGUUUACAUUUGCCAUUUUGCCUUGCAUAGGACUUUUGCUUGUCUAUGCGAAGAUAUCGCGUAUUACUUUGAAGCAUUCGAGGCGUCAACGAGUUCAAGUGGAGCAAAUUAGUAGAAACUCGCGUAUAUCGCAACAAAUGGCCAAACAGGUGACUCGAAAGUCUUUUUCCGUUCUUGUUCUUGGUGUGGUAAUAUUUUUCUUCGUUCUUUGCUGGUCUUUCUCGAUCUACAGGGGAAUUUGUAAUAGCUUCUCACUAUGUAAAGUGCAACAUUCCUUGGUCUUGGUUUCGAGGAUUUUUUUGGUUGCCAAUACUGCAGCUGACCCAGUUGUGUACGCGAUUCUGAAGCAAGACAUCAGAAGGGAGGUGGUUCGCACGUUCUCGACAAGAAACCGCAUACGAGGACGAGAUCUGGGUUUAACGGAGACUCGGAUUGCCGGCCAGUCUUACAUGUAGCAGUUACAGUUCCGUCUCGCAAAACUAAGACUACAUGAGUAAACGGCAAUACCUCAGACCUCUGAAGUUGCAGUUCCUGUAGCGGACUAGCUGUGUUUUAGAAUAUUUUAAAGUAUUCGUCAUUGCUAAUUGCAUUAAGUUGAUAUUAGAGAAAGGUGUAUAUAUUUCUAGAAGAAUUGCUGCUUAUUUAAUUCUUUUUAAAUAACCUGCUUUAAUAUUCUAAGAGGGAAGGACAAGGUGGUGAGCUUUUGAUUAGCAAUAGAAAUACAAAUUGAGUGAUCGUAUCUUUCACUUUGCGCUUAAUGUCGGUAACUGACGAACAACAUAAAGCUUUAUCUACACUUUACGUCCGUUUCUGUCAAUAAAAAAAAAAACUACUUGAGCCUUAUUGUUGACAUUAGUGGCCAAUGGGCAAAAAAAGAGCCAGAAAAAAAGCAGGAAAGCUCACGACAAGAAUAAACAAUAUUAAAAAAAAUAAGCACACGCUGCAUAAUUGAUAAAGAUAAAAUAAUUCAGUAGUCUCCUCAGAGAAUACACGCUGUCUUACAAAUAUUAUUUUUCACAGUUAUUCUGGUUUUCGAUUAAGGUAUGUGAGGAAACGUUUUGCUUAUUUUCUGGCAGUUUUUAAGCUUCCAAGUAGGAUGGCUGAGAAAAAGUGUCGAAGUGGAAAUUCACCAAAUGUAAAUUAGUGCAUUUUCCUAGUAAUAUAAAAUAGGGACCUUUCGUCAUGUUUGGUUAAAACCAGAUGACUUUUCCAUGGAACCCAGAUUGAGACAAGUAUAUUUACCCAAAUUUACCUUUCUUUUAACAUCUGUUUAUCGUGAAAGCCAUUCUGACGGAAGACAGAAAAUAACAGUAAAUUAUAACUCUGCUUUGUAACGACAAGUAAGGACUUUGUGACAAGGCGUUUUGCAGAUAGUUGAAAUGAUUCAAAAGCAUGCGUCGACCUGACUUCGUUAAAAAUCAUUUAUCACAAUCCUUACUUGGACUUUGAAUAGGUUACUAUAUUACCUACUUGAGAAACACAUAACCCAAAGACAUAUUUAUUUAUUCAACUUCGCCUAACUUUUAAAAAUAUAUCUCAACGUACUUAUUUGGUGUUCUAAGAUGAUCUGUAACUCAUUCUUUCUAAAAUAGUUUGGAUACAAUGUAAAUUGUCAGACGAUGGCUAGGUAAUUGUCCCGCGUAAAAGGGCACGAGCAUAAAUUUGCUUCUAACGUGGUCAUGAUCUGAUAGUAGAAUUUAGACGAAUGAUUAAAAAGGCAAAGAGAACGAGAGUUACAAUUUCGCUCUCUCAAAAAGAUGAAAGAAGAUUAUAUUCCACUGCUAGUUUUCAAAUGUCAGUAUAGCCAAGAGGUUGGUUGUUAAGUUUGCUUUAUCUCCAAUAAAAGGAACUGUGCAGAACCUUGAUCUGU